AUGGAGUCCUCGCCGCCAAGGAGCAGUACAGCUGCUCCUGUGGCAGGUAUCAAGCGUCCGGCGGCCCUAUUGCCUGCUUUCGAGCCAUUGAGCUCGUCCCCGUCCCUGCCCCGACCACAGAAGCGUGUAGCACGCGAAGACCAUGGCAUCGUUUCCACCUAUCCCACUCCGGUCCCGACCUCGUCGACCCAUAUCAUGUCCUCCUCCCCUCCCCGAAUGGCUCUGCCGCGUCCGGCCUCUCGACGUACAUUUACUUCGACCUCGGAACGGACCCCUCUGUCUACCGUCCCCGAAUUGAUGCUGCCUGAGAGUGGUGAGCCGGUCUUGAUGGGGAGAUCCAGUGCCUCGUGUCAUCACCAACUUGCGGCCAACCGAAUGAUCUCAAGGGUCCAUGUCAAAGCCCGAUAUAAGCCCGCCCCUAACCCAUUCGACCGUGAUACGGUGGAGAUUAUGUGCCUGGGUUGGAACGGAAUCAAGCUACACUGCCAGGGGAAAACCUACGACUUGGGCAAGGGCAAGACAUUCACCUCGGAUAUCAAGGACGCUGAUAUCAUGAUCGACGUCCACGAGGCUCGCGUGCUCGUCCUGUGGCCUCGGAAUGAUAAGAAGGACUAUACCUCCACAGAUUCAGAGCAGACCUGGGAAGAGGAAACCACGCCUAAACAACGCAAGGGACAAUCAAUUCGGAGUAUCCAUGACAGCCCUGCGGUCGAACGCCAACGCCUGGCAUCCCCAGUCUCCCCCUCGCCCGCUGUAAAGUCUCUGGUGCCGCCAUCCUCUCCUCUGUAUACCCCGACACGCUCGCGGAACGCUGUGGUCGUGUACGAAGACGAGGGCUCGCCUGUUCGUCGCCCCGUAUCUGCCGGGUCGUUGCUUGCCGAUGAUACCCAGACGACUUCUUCCAGUGUGGAGGACCUCCUGCAGAGCUCACAGUCGAGUGAUUUGAGCGACCUGAGUAGACAUGACGACUUUUCGGAUCACGACGAGGAGAAUGACCCUAUCAUUCAUUCUUUUGGGCCGUUCGGCGAGAACCUCCUGCCCCGGAUGGCUUCUUUCACAGCAGACGAGUCCCCACUGCAGCCUGCUCGUCCACGCAAUCAGCUCUCGUCCCAGGGCCUUGAGCACGCCAAAUCCCCGAAACAAACAACCAAGACCGUAGAGUCCGCUGCCGAUGGCGAUAGUCAGGAGGAUGCCACACCGGUCAAGCCACAGCCGCUUGAUGAAAGCGGUGAACGCGUUCAGAACCACGCUGUCAACCAGCUGGCUUUCUCCCGUCUCUCCUCGACGCCCUUCUCCACCAUCCUCAACAACCUUCCGCCGGCUCUGUGGAAACGGGACAGUCACUCGAGACAGGGACCCACGAGAGAAGAGAUCCGUGCGAUUCUGGAUACCACGAAGUGCAUUGGCAAAGUCGCCCGUGAAGGAAAGGAUGCCGCGGGGAAGGCUCUGGAGAGUGAAUACUACUAUAUCCCGGACUUUGAUGAGGACGAUAUGCGACGGGAGGCCGUUGUUCAUGAUCUCCGGAAACCCGGCCUCCGAAACUGCCGCAAGCAGCACAAGACUGAUGCCUUCCCCGUCAGCAAAUCCCUCGAUUCCGCCCUCAAGAAAAACACCGCCUUCAUCAAGCGCCUCCGCACGGGGAUCAACGCCUCCGCCCAAGCCACCUUUCUCGCCGACAUCCGCACCUUGUCGCUCCACAAGUACCUGUCGGAGAUCAUCUCGGCCUGCUAUGAAGGACUCUGCAAGCUCAAGUCGCCCGGCGAGAUCGCCACGGGGGUCGAGAUCGCCAGCGCCCUGCACCAGCGGUUCGGCCCCGGCGAGUUCACACGCCAGCUCGGAUGGCUGCUGGGCCGCGGGCUGAGCACCCCGGACAAAGGGCAGCUCAAGGCCCUGAGCCAGGAGGUGCGCGAGCGCGAGGAGAAGGAGCGCCUGUCGCGCCACCGGGUGCUGCUGCGCGUCGUCACGGAGCUCUGGCUGGUGGGCGUGCUGCGCACCCUGGACGACAUCGACCGCCCGGAUGACCUCGGGGCCGCGGCGGCCAAGGGGAAAGAUGCCGGCGUGGUCGGGAAGGCGACCGACGGGCCCGUGAAGAGCAACAAGGCGCUGCUCUCGGCGACCAGGGACGGCGGCGGUGAGAAGGAGUCGGAGCCGUUUCCCAUGGAAGUGCUCAAGGAUCUUCUGGGCCACGAUCGCGAUCACUUGAAUCUCCCCUUGGCGGUCCUGUUUGUGAAGAGCUUCAGUUGGGAUGUGCUGGGGACCAAGUUGGUGGAGGAAGGCCGGAAGACGGUCGAGGCGGACGGCGCGACGACCACCACGAAUGGCGCCUCGGGAGAUGCAGUCAAUAGCAGUAGUGCUGAGUGCGAGGCGGAAGAGAACGAACCCCCGCUGAUCCCUGAGAAACUCCAGCUGCGUUUCCGCCAUAUCCUGAACCGGUACCUGGAGGACGUCAAGGCGCAUGUUGUCCGUGAUCAGAGGGCAUUGACGGCUCAGAGCCGGCGCAAUGCCGAGGCGUACGUGAAAAGUGGCGAGAUCUUCGAGGACCGUCAGGCCAACUUCGAGAAGCAGACCAAGUCGCUGGAGAAACUAGUUGCCAACACCCAAGUCCUUUGCGAGGCGCUCGGGGCGGAAAUGCCGGCUCUAGCUGAGAAGGAAAACCCCGAUGCGGCAUCGGCUGGAGGAAUCGGGCUGGUUAAGACGACGGAGUACCUGCGCGGUCAGGGUGAGGGUGCCGGCAUCUGGGAAGAUGAAGAAGAGCGGCGCUUUUACGAGAAUCUGGUUGACCUCAAGGGCAAAGUGCCAGCUGUCCUACUGGAGGAUGCCAGGAAGAAGAAACCCGAUCCCGAGGAGCCAGCCAAGAAGAAAGGGGAUGGCGAAGAGGCAGGCGCAGAGAAAUCCGAGUCCGCCGCUCAGACUCAAGUAUCGGAGGAGAAGAACGCGGAUGCCGACGAUCUAUCUACAGCCAUUGCAAGCAAGACUGUGGGAGCCCAGGUGGACGCACUCCUCGCCAAAUUACCCGACCUACAGACCAAGGACCACGUCGAUCAGAUGGCCUUGGAUUUCUGCUUCCUUAACUCGAAAGCGUCGCGCAACAGGCUCAUCAAGGCGGUUUCUGAUGUCCCCAAGGGACGUCUCGAUCUUCUGCCGCUGUACUCUCGCCUGGUCGCUACGCUCGGGCAAUAUAUGCCUGACAUUCCCCAGGGCUUGACUACGUACCUUGAUGAGGAGUUCAGAAGCCUCCAACGCCGGAAGUCGAAGGAGUUCUUAGGGCAGGUUCGCAUGGGCAAUGUCCGGUAUCUGGCGGAGUUGACUAAGUUCGGCGUGGUCCCUGAGCAUAUCAUCUUCCAUUGCUUCAAGGUCUCGCUGGAUGACUUCUCGCGCAUGAACAUCGAGAUCAUCGGUUAUCUCCUGGAGAACUGCGGUCGUUACUUACUCCGCAACCCGGAGACAGCUCCGCGGAUGGCUUCUUUCCUGGAGACCCUGGGACGAAAGAAGACUGUUCAACAUCUCGGUCAACAGGAGCGGAUGAUCAUCGAGAAUGCCAUCUACUACGUUGAUCCGCCACCCCGGCCUGCCAUCCAGCAGAAGGAACGUACGCCUAUGGAAGCCUACAUCCGCCGGAUUGUAUAUCUGGACAUGAAUAAGCGGAACUACACCAAGAUUCUGAAAUCAAUUCGCAAGCUCCACUGGGAAGAGGGCGAAGUUGUCGAUAUCCUGGAGAAGGUCUUCAGCAAACCGGUUAAGGUCAAGUAUGGAAACAUCCACUUGCUCGCGAUCCUGGUCAGCGCUCUCUAUCGGUAUCACCAGGAGUUCGUGAUUGGGAUCGUGGACAAUGUCCUCGAGCAGAUAACUCUGGGUCUCGAGCAGAAUGACUUCAAGUUCAAUCAGAAGCGUGUUGCGGAGGUCAAGUAUCUGGGAGAACUCUACAAUUACAAGAUGAUCGACUCGCCCGUCAUCUUCGAUACCUUGUACCGCAUUGUCACCUUCGGUCACGAAGGAGGAACGCCAGUGGCUGGGAAGGUCAGCCCGCUGGACUUGCCUGAUGACUUCUUCCGCAUUCGUCUGGUCUGCACGCUGCUCGACACGUGCGGCCACUGCUUUGACCGCGGGUCUGCGAAGAAGAAGCUCGAUUUCUUCCUUAACUUCUUCCAGUACUAUAUGCACACCAAAGACCCGAUGCCGAUGGACGUUGAGUUCCUCGUUCAGGAUACCUACUCGAUGGCUCGUCCGCAGUGGAAACUGGCGGCGGACCUUGCCGAAGCUACGCAAGUCUUCGGCGAGGCGGUCGCGCAGAACUACAAGAUGCAGGAUUCCGAACGCCCUGUGGAUGUUGAGGAAGAGGAUGCUGAGAGCAGUUCUUCGGACGAUGAUCUGGAAGAGGAUGCCAUACCUGAGGCGGAAGAUGACCAGGAGUCCAGCGAUGAAGCUGAGGCGUCUGGUCCCAACGCCGACAACACCGGUGAGAGCGAGUCGGAGGACGAGCAGAUCUUCGUCACGCGGCAGGAAGAGGAACGUGACCCGGAGGCCGAAGCCGACUUCGACCGCGAGUUUGAAAAGAUGAUGUCUGAGAGCAUGGAGUCGAGGAAGUUCGAGCGCAAGGGCGUAUUCGACAUCCCUUUGCCCAUGAAGCGGUCCGGUCGCGAGGCUGCGGCGGAGAACGUGAACGUCGCGGAGCCUCCCAAGCCCACCACCAACACGAUGGCUUUCUCGCUGAUGACGAAGAAGGGCAACAAGCAGCAGACUCGCACCAUUGAUCUACCGUCCGAUUCCAGCUUCGCGGUCGCGAUGAGAAGCCAGCAGCAGGCGGACCGGGAGGAGCAACAGCGGAUCAAGAGUUUGGUGCUGAACUACGAGAUGACCAACGAGGUGGAUGCCAACUCCGAAGACUCCACUGCCGAGAAACGCUCUCCCCAUCGCGAUACCCGAGUCGACAAGUCGGGCAGUAACCGGAUGGCGUUCCGGUCCCGGAAGCUUCAGCUCAGCGAUGUGAACUGGUAA